CAACUUGCCCAAAACACAAAAAAGCUUAAAAGCCCUCUCAAUAAAUACGCGUUUUCCUUUCCUUUAUUCAGCUCCCGCGCUCUUUCCCUCUAUGUAAAUAAAGCAUCUAAAAAUACAGAAAACACUCUUUAUUUGUUGUUACAGAAACAGUGGGCUUAAGUCCUGCUAAUAAUUUCUUGCUUUUGUUCAUGCAAAAUGCAAGUGCAGGCUGCCAUCAUGGAUAAUUUAUCACCAUUAUUUGUCUUGUUGCUUUUGGCGAAGAUUUGGCUAGUGCCUGUAAUUUGUGAAGGUGUAGAUAGUGGACAACACUCAGCUGUAGGAGAUCCGGGAAUGAGAAGAGAUGGACUUAGAGUAGCUUUAGAAGCUUGGAACUUCUGUAAUGAAGUUGGUGAAGAAGCUCCUGGAAUGGGCAGUCCUAGAGCUGCUGAUUGCUUUGAUCUUUCUGAUAGUUCUUUGAGUCACAAGGUAACCGAGUCCGAUAAUAAACUAGGGGUUGGCAAGUCAUUUCCUGGCCUGAGUCCUAAGGCUAAGAAUGAUCCCGACUUGUAUGCUUCUGAGAAGGAACUCUAUUUGGGUUCAUUGUGUGAAGUUGAUGACACCCCAAGGCCGUGGCAAUUUUGGAUGAUAAUGCUGAAGAACGGAAACUAUGACACAAGAUCUGGUCUUUGUCCAGAGAAUGGGAAAAAAGUUCCCCCUUUUAAGCCUGGAAGAUUUCCUUGUUUUGGAAAGGGAUGUAUGAAUCAACCUAUCUUGUUUCACCAGCCCACUUCUUUAUUUGAUGAUGAAACUAUGAGGGGAUGUUUUAAUGGUACCUAUGAUUUGGGUUCUACAACUGGUGGUAGUAGUAGUAGUAGUUCCUUCUUUGAGGUGAUUUGGGAAAAGAAAGUUGGAACAGGAGGUUGGGUAUUCAAGCACAAGCUCAGAACCUCCAAAUUGUAUCCAUGGCUGAUGUUGUAUCUUAGGGCCGAUGCAACCAAAGGAUUAUCUGGAGGCUACCACUAUGACACCAGAGGAAUGUUAAGAACUCUGCCAGAGUCACCUAAUUUUAAGGUCAAAUUGACCUUGGAUGUGAAGCAAGGGGGAGGACCCAAAAGUCAGUUUUACUUGAUAGAUAUUGGCAGUUGCUGGAAGAACAAUGGUGCUCCAUGUGAUGGAGAUGUGCUCACUGAUAUUACCAGAUACAGCGAGAUGAUCAUUAAUCCAGAAACUGCAGCUUGGUGCAGCCCCACGAAUAUUGGCAACUGCCCACCUUUCCACAUCACACCAAACAAUACUAAAAUAUACAGGAAUAACACUUCUCACUUUCCUUACUCGGCUUAUCACUAUUAUUGUGCUCCUGGGAAUGCCGAGCACUUAGAAAAGCCAUAUAGCACAUGUGAUCCUUACAGUAAUCCCCAGGCACAGGAGCUAGUUCAGUUGCUGCCUCAUCCAAUAUGGGCAGACUAUGGAUAUCCAACCAAACAAGGAGAUGGCUGGGUUGGGGAUAGACGAACAUGGGAGCUUGACGUUGGUGGCCUUUCUAGCAGACUUUACUUCUAUCAAGAUCCAGGUACACCUCCGGCCAGAAGAAUAUGGACAUCUCUGGAUGUGGGAACAGAAAUUUUUGUUAGCGACAAAGAUGAAGUGGCAGAAUGGACUCUUAGCAAUUUUGAUGUUUUACUCACCUCGUAAAACUGAAAUUAUGUUAACAUUCCAUUUAACAUUGUAACUGUAACGAAAUUACGUUACUCCAACUGUAACAUUGUAACAAGGCUUUGUCAUUCUUGACGUUCAAAGCUUCAUCUUUCUAUACUAGAUCUGUAUCUGAUGGGGCAACUCAUAUUUCUUUAUUUCCCUGACUCAGAAAAGACUGGGACAGAAGAAAAAGAAUUGUUUUGUUUUUGCUUUA